AUGGCAUUCACACGGAGGACAUCUAGUAGGGCUUGCAAAGAAGUGGCUAUGGCUCGCAUUGUCGCCUGUUUAAACUCACCACAAGAACCUGAAAUUAACCUUAAAAAUAACGGGGUCUUGUCUUCAAAAUCUGGUUCCUGUUUAAGACCUCGAAGAGCAACGUGUACUGGUACUUUGAAGUCUCCUGUUAAAAAAUUGUCAGAGCUAUGUUUAUCUUCACCUCAAAGGACCCCAAAGUCAUUUUCAAAUGCAAGUUGUUUGAUUAAAAGAAGAGGAGAUACCCUAAAUACGAACUCUCAAUGUCCGAUGGAUAGCGAAGAUUCAUAUGAUGAAAGUUCUAUCUCGACAAGUGAAUCAAGUUUUUCGACAUAUAAUUCAUCAGACUCUUCCGACUUAACUGAACAACAAUUUCAACACAGAAACAGAUCGAAAGGUCCUAUAAUAAAGUCAUUCCCUGUAAGGAGAACAAAGCUCAAUUUAUGUACCAACAAAAGCUCUAUAUUGGCUCAUAGGAAGCGCACUCUCAGUCAAGUGUCCCGUGGUGAGUCUUUUCUUAAUUUAAGUUCUACGAAUUCGGAAUAUGGAUGGUUACCUGGUCGUGAACAAGAAUUUGAAAAUAUUUAUACAUUCAUACUUAAUAAACUAUCUCAAAAUUCUGGCGGCUGUAUGUAUAUAUCUGGUAUUCCGGGUACUGGUAAAACAGCAUCAGUUCAAGCCGUGCUGUCUACGAUGCAUAAAUUGGUUGCUGAUUCAGGUUUGGAAAGCCAAAUACCCACAUUCCAAGUAAUCUAUGUUAAUGGCAUGCGUGUCAGUGAUCCUAAACAGGUUUACGUGGAGAUAUAUGAACAAUUAACUGGUUUAACUGCAACUGCAAAAUGUGCUUCUGACUUGUUAGAAAAAGAAUUUUGUCAUAAUGUAAUUAAAAAAGUACCUCAUGAUGAAAUUUCUGAAAAGCCAGUUGUUUUAGUCAUUGAUGAAUUGGAUUUGUUAUGUACUCGUCGACAAGACAUACUUUACAGUCUUUUUGAUUGGCCUACACGCCAUAAUAACCAUCGUGUAUUAAUAGUAUUGGCUAUUGCCAAUACUAUGGAUCUACCGGAACGUUUACUUCACCCACGAGUGGCCAGUCGUUUAGGCUUAACUAGACUUACUUUUGCACCUUAUUCUCACGAACAACUUGCUCAAAUUGUGCGACAUCAUUUAUCGUCUUUAUCAAAUAUGUUUCAGCCUAAAGCGCUUGAGUUGGCUGCACGUAAAGUGGCUGCUGUUUCUGGUGAUGUACGACGCGCUCUUGAUAUCUGCAAAAGAGCUGCUGAAAUUGUUUCAUCUAGUGGGAAAGGCAACAAAGAAAUAGAUAUUUCGCAUAUCAAUGCCGCUUUAAAAGAGAUGUUCACUACACCGAAAUCAGAAGCUAUAUGUGCUUGUUCAUUAUAUGAGAAAUUGUUUCUUCGUGCUGUUGUAGCUGAAUUUCAGGCGCGUUCAACAGAAGAAGCUCGAUUAGACCGGUGUAUCCGUCAAAUGUUCGCACUUUGUCGACUUGAAGGUGUUCCAUGUCCAACUACAUCAGAAGUAUUUGCUAUUUGUGCUAGUCUUGGAGCUCACAAGCUAUUGUUAACUGAAAGAUCGCGAUGCGAUAUUGCAAUGCUUGUCCGUCUCAACUGUACAAAGUCGGAUAUAUUAUACUGUUUAAAUCAACAAUCUGACUUAUAA